CGCCGCCAGUACGAUAGUGUUACUUCCUACUACGCUCGUAGAAUUUAGGAAAAAAUAGAAUGAAGACAGAGGAAGGGCAUUGGGCAUGGAGCCUCUGGAAAAAGCCUUUGCAGUAGUGGAAGAGGUUGUUGGAAAAAUAUGCAGAUCUCUGGGACCAGAAGCUCAGGAUCAUAUUAACCAUGACAGGCUAUUUACAAAAGCAGAAAGACAAAUAAAAAAUGGCCUGUCAGUUGAGGUAGCCUCCAAGACCAUUGUGAGUGCUUUGAUACCAGAUAUUCAGGCUACCCUGAAAGAAAAAGUGAAGGACCAACAUCAUGAUGAUCAGGAGAAUGACCUUCCUGAAUCCAAACAGGAGAACAUAGAACCUGCUCCUAUCUCACCUGAAUUGAGAGCAAGCACUUCUCAAAGCCCAGUGUACUCGGAUGGCCAAAAUGGUUCAUCAGCUAGGGAAUCAAGUCAGUCUUCCUCUACAACACUGGAUUCCCCACAGUCUGAAGAGUCUCAGAGCUCGUCUACUGCCAUGACAUUGAAUGAUUUUUCAGAGAUCAGUGUGCUGACUCCUGAUCCACCUAAACCAGCUCCUGUCAUUGAAAUACUUGAUGAUAGCUUCUCCUCCCGUCCAUCAUCUAGGAAUAGUGAUAUCCUUAUAGUAGAAGAAGUGGAGAAACCAAGUAAGCCUAGUGCUAGAACUGAAGAGGAGACAUCUGAUGACACAAAGAAGAAUGAAGAUAUAAGCAAAAUUUUGUCCAUGCUUCAUGAUUUGGAAAAGACUUUAGGCUUGGCCAAGGCAAAGGAAAGUGAGCAAGAGGUGGAAGAAGAGCCAGAAAAUGGAAAAGAUACAAAACAAAUGUCUUCUAAUGAAGAGAUUGAUAGUAAAGAUUCAAAGGUAAUGGCUGAUGAAUUGCAAAAUUCUUCAAGCUCUUCAGAAAGUAAAAGUGAUGCUACAGGAAAUAAUUCUACAAAGAAAAAAAAUACACUUAUAAAUGGAAUGAAUAGUUUUGAUAUAGAAAAAGAAUUAACAGAAGCCAAAGCAGAUAGUUAUACUGAUGAAAACAGAAACAAGAAAACUAAUAUUAAUGGCUUGACAAAUAUGCUGAAUGAAAACACAUUUAAUCAUAAUCAUCCUUCACAGGAACUUUGGUUAGAUGCUCACUUUGUAUGUUCGUUGCUUCCAUAUUUCCAAUUAAAUGACGUGUACCAAAGUAUGUUUGAUAAUUACUAUCAUCCGGACCGCAGGGCAUAUGUCUUAGGUUUAUAUAUAGAGUUAGCAGUUGAUCAAGGGGAGAUGGUACCAGACAGGGUGUUUCAUGGCCUACGUGCUGCAAAAAAACGCCCUCAUGGGGAUAUUGUUGGGUCAGGUUCAAACGCUGUUGUGAAGAGAUUCAAAGUUGAGGAAGGUGCUGCAAAAUGUGUCAGUGAAAUAAAACAGUGGCAGCCAGUGGGUGAAACAAAGCAGUUAUUGAGUGACUCGGUCCCCUCUACUAGUGGUGCUGUGGUUCGAAAAGUAGCAGCAGAUAGUACAUUUAAAGAUGAACAUGUGAAGUUCUUUGAAACAGAUGUAGAUACCCAUUAUGCUGCUAGUAGACUGGAUGAAAAUAAACAGGAAAAUGAUUAUUGGACUAGUGAACAAAAAGAGGUGCAAGAUGAAAGACAGAAGUGGUGUGAAGAAAAAGCAAACUUUAUUGCUGAAGUGAUUCCAGGUGUUGAAAAAGAUUCUUUAAGAGUGCAGAUACAGAUGUGUCAUAGUGAUGCUGACGUGGAGAGAUUGAUAGUAAGACUAAUGGAAGAGGGUCCUCCCCCUGAUCCUCCAGACAUCCCACAAGGGUAUCCUCCCUCCCUUGUCUCCCCGGAUCGACCAGAAACCAGUGCUUUCCAACCUGUGGAGCGAGCAAGUACCAGUGCUUUCCAGCCAUUUGAACAGGGAAGCUCUAAUGAUAGCUCCCCAGCAGCCAGUUCAAGUGAAAGCCAGACUGCUGGGGAAGGCAGUGAUGAGGCAAGUGGUGUGGAAAUAGAGGAAAAGAUCAUGUCCCAUGUAGCAACACUGUGUGAAAUGUUCAGUGAUGCUGACCCAGACUACCUUCAGGAGAGAUGCGUGGGCAUUAAUGGUGAUCAGAACAAGUUUGAAGCACUAGUUGAUGAGCUGAUGGAAAAGAAAGAUUAUCCCAAGAUGGAAGAAUAUCUGAAACGGCAAAAGCGAAUGGAGAUAAAAAAGAAGUUCAUUGAAGGGAUGACUGUUGAGGAGUUUUUAGAAUAUUUUGAGAAUCCUGAACAGGUCUUUACUGACAUUGAGAAGAAAGUAAGUCCAACAUAUGUUGAAAAUGCACGAGCACAGCUGAUGAAGGACCUACCAUAUCAUCUAAAAAAAGAUGUUGAUAAUGAGCUGCGUAAGCAUAAUUAUCAUUACCUCCCAACACUUAGAGCAUUACAGAACAACAAAAAGUUGAAUAGACGCAAAACUAAGAGGACAAGUCCAUUAAAGCAGAGAGAUUUAGAUGACGUAUUCAUAAAGGAGUUAUGCUAUGUAGGGAUGGAAGUGCAAAUCAAAGAACACCUUGUGAAGAAAGAGGAAAACAAAAGAAGAGCAUUUCUAUGGGCUAAGAAGAAUGGUCAACUGAAAGAAUGUCCUUGUUGCUAUGAUGAUGAGGUCUUAGAAGAAGACAUGGAUACUUGCAGUGCUGAUGACACACACAAAGUCUGCAACACAUGCAUUAGGAGGUCUGCAGAAGCAGAUAUUGGACAAGGUCGAACCAACAUCCGAUGCAUUACCGCCAAUUGCAAAUCAGAGUUUUCCUUGAGCACCCUGAAGAAGGUCCUGAAGCCAGCUAUUUUCUCCAGUAUCCUUGAGAAAAAACAGCUUGAGGAAAUAGCAGCAGCUGACAUAGAGGACUUGGAAGCUUGCCCAUUCUGUAACUUCCAGACCAUCAUGCCAAAUAAAGAGGACAAGGUGUUCAAGUGCCUUAAUCCAGAGUGCAUGAAGGACUCAUGCAGACUUUGCAAGGAGCCAAAUCAUGUUCCAUUACGGUGUGAAGAAGUUGAGAAGCAAAACCAGAAAGAGGCUCGUACCUUCAUGGAAAACCGGAUGGCUGAAGCUAUGAUAAGAGAGUGUUGGAAGUGUAAGAAGCGUUUCAUCAAAGAGGAUGGUUGCAACAAGAUGAAGUGUGCAUGUGGGGCCAUGAUGUGCUACAUAUGCAAGAAGGCCAUCAAGGGCUAUGAUCACUUUGAAGAUAAGUCUGUAUCCACAAAUCCAAAGAAGUGUCCUUUAUGGAGCAAUUCUGAGAAGAUACAUGCUGAGGAGGUGCUGCUGGCUGCAGACAAACUGAAAAAGGAAAUGGACCCAGAAGUGAAACUUCUUUAUGAUCCUACCAAAGAUUUGCCUGUGAUUCCAAAGCAUUUAGCUGACAAGCCAGCACACCCAGCAGUCUUUCCCAAUCCACAGCCACCUCCUGCACACCAGCGAAGACCACAUCAGCUGCCACCACAUCAGCAAAGAAUUCCUGGACUGCCAUUUGCACUUCAACACAUGCGUCGAAGAUAUUUAGCUUUUCCUCCUCCUCCUGCUCACCUGCAACAGCCACCACCUGCCCACCAGCAAGUCCACCCUGCUCAACUCAUGGUUGUACGUGAAAUUAACAGGCUGCAUCACCACCACCAUCACCACCACCAUCAUCACCAUCAUCACCAGCAAGCUUUAGGGUUUCCUCAACCUAUGGAUCAGCAGCCACAGCAAAACCAGCCCAUGAGGGAAGAUCCUGUUGGUCCCAGGAAUGAGGUAAAUGCUAUAAUGCAAGCAUUAAUUGGGGGACCAGGAUACCCUCAACCUGCACCUCCCCAGCAGCCAGAGCUCCAGCCUCGACUGGGGAGAGAGGACCUGGUGAAUGAGUUCAUGAUAGAGGUUUUGGGAGUUGAAGCAGGAGAGGUAGCUAAUCCUGCUGCUCAUCAGAGACGAAAUCAAGAGGUUCAUGGAGAUCUUCAGCAGCAACAGCAGGAGCAGCAGCAGCAACAACUACAGCAGCAGCAAUAUGAACAAGAAAGAAUACAGAUUCAGCCUGAAAAUCCAGGCAACCAAAAUCAGCAGGUCCAGCAAGUGCAGCAUGAGAAUCCCCUUUUCUUAGGCACAGAUGAAUUAAUGAACAUCUUUGGUAAACUAUGAUACUUAAUAAAUGAUAGCUCAUGUGAUCAA